AUGGCUCUUAGCGGUAUUGAACUUCCUGUGAUGCAAUGGGACGGCGAAAAUCUCAAGGAAAAUUGGCGACGUUUUAAACAACAUGUCGAAUUAAUGUUCUCUGGACCGCUGAGAUCAAAAAACGAAGCGGAGAAAUGCAGCUACCUACUCAUCUGGGUAGGGCAAAAAGGCAGGGAUAUAUACAACACAUGGUCGGAUAUCUCAGAAACAAACAGAGGUAAAUUAAAAACAUAUUAUGAUCGAUUCGAAAAGCAUGUCAAUCCGAAAGCAAACCCCGUCUUUGCCAGAUAUAAGUUUCAUAACAAAAUACAAGGCCCCACCGAGCCAGUAGAGGAAUUCACAACAGAGUUACAACUCCUAGCCCAAGAUUGUGAGUUCCACGACCAAAAUGAAAUGGUUAGAGACCGAAUUGUGUUUGGGACAAAUUCAAACAAAGUGAGGGAAAAACUUAUAAUGGAAGGGGCAGAACUCACGCUAGAAAAAGCUAUACAAAUCGCAAGAACCUAUGAAAAAACCCAAGCCCAACUCAAAAGCAUGUCUCCUGAAAACAAGGAAGAAAGCAUUCACUUAGUCAGACAGCAAAACCAAGGCAGUCAAUCUCAAAGAUCGAGACAAUCACUUGACCAAAAGUACCCCCAGCAAUCACUUGAACAAAAGUACCCCCAGCAAAUAAGCCAGUGUGGGAACUGUGGGAGAAAACACUACAGAUCAGAGAAAUGUCCAGCAAAAGGGCAAACCUGUUACCUAUGCAACAAGCCCAACCAUUUUGCACAAGUAUGUCGAUCAAAAGGGAGGCGGAGCCAAAUACACCCUAUCGAGAAGGUAGAAUGUGACCCCUCAAUGACCCAAUUUGAAACUCUAACUUUUGAAUCAAUCACUGUAGCUAAUGUUAACCACCAAAAUUUGAAGGCAGACGAAGUGUUUGCAGAGGUGGGCAUCCACCUAAAUCCAAAGCCCAAAGCAACAGUCAAGGCUUCCCUACAAACACACGCAAAGGCAUCACUGAAAGCCAAAGUCGAUACUGGUGCCCAAGGGAAUAUACUCCCCCUAAGAUUAUACCGGGCUAUGUACCCCUGCAAAAUUGAUCUGAAGGGCAACCCCAAGAAAGGAGCUACAAAACAUUCUAAUACUAUCCUCACAGCAUAUGGGGGAUCCAAGUUACACCACCAUGGCACCGUCACCAUUGAUUGCGAAUUCAAAGGCAAAAGAUCUGCUGCACAGUUCUAUGUCACAGACACACAAGGCCCUGCUAUCAUUGGCCUACCAACGUUGAUUGACCUCAACCUUGUGAAAUUCAAUUGUGCCAUACUCAAACAAGUGUUACACAGCAACACACUAUGGCCCACCACAAGAACCCCUGAGCAACCACCACUAACCACCAGAACCCCCGAACGACCACCAAUACCCAAACCAAUAAAGAGCAAAGAAGAUUUGAUAGAUCAAUACCCAAACUGUUUUAAUGGCAUAGGAAAAUUCGAAGGAGAAUACCACAUAACCACCGACCCAUCAGUCCCACCUGUUAUCCACCCUCCGCGACGAGUUCCAAUCAGUCUGAAAGAUGACAUUAAGAAAGAACUAGACGAGAUGGUUGCAAAUGGUAUCAUAACUAAAAUAAACGAAGGAGAGCCCACAAGAUGG